ACCGCCGUGCGUGGCGUGCGGGGAGCGACGGGAGUUCCCUCACUCGGAGGAAAAGCCGUUUUUACAAUCGGUCCCGUUUGGAUUUAAAGACGGAAAUCGGUAAAAUCUCGGGGCGGAAAGUUUGUGCUUCGUGCUGCAGAGCUCCGUGUUUGAUUCGGACACUUUUAUCUGCGGACGGAGCGCGAUGGUGGACAACACGAGCAGCAGCAAGGCGCAAAUGCCCGGCGUGUCUCAGGAUCCUGGUGUGGUUUUUCCCCACAGCAGCUCUGCCGGAGGGAUGAAGUUGGAGGCGGUGAUGGAGCAGCUUCAGCGCCAGCAGCAGGCCCGGCUGGAGAUGGAGCGCAAGGAGAGGAAGCUUCGAGAGGCCCACAUCAUGUACGCGCAGCAGGUAGCCGCUCAGCAGGCCAUCCUAGCGGCCGCCCGGGCGUCUGGGGCCGGCUUUCUCAGCAAAGGCCAGACCAUGGGGGUCCCCGGCGGAGGACUUCCUCUUCCCCGUGUGUCCAACCAGAGCGCCUUGGAUUCGGAACGGGAGGACGAGGAGGACAGAGGCCGGGAUUCUGGGGACGAGGACGAUGACAAUGAGAUGAUGGAAGGUGACGAGGGCACUGACGAGGAGGAAGGAGGGACUAGCGGUUUGGAGUUCCUCCGUAAGCAGACUCUGGCUUUGCAGCAGAACACUUCCCGCGUGCCCGUGCGUCCGUUUGGCAGUUACGCUGCGUCGGCGGCGCAGAGAGCCGCGUCGCCUCCCGUCAGAGUGAAGCAGGAACCCGAUGAGGGUCUUUCUCCUGCUGGGCCUCACUCUGCCACGUCUCCAAACGGGCAGGCCGACUGGAGCUUUGAGGACCACUUCAGACAGAACGGGAGCGCUGCCUGGGCAGAAGAGGCCGACAGCAGCAGAGGAAGAGGAGAAGCCUCCAGAGAUUUUGCUAAGCUCUAUGAGCUGGACAGCGACCCCAAGAGGAAGGAGUUUUUGGACGACCUCUUCACCUUCAUGCAGAAAAGAGAACUGAAUGGUUCCAUUUGUCCAUGUUUGACCCCGACCUGCGAGGGUGCUGGUUGGUGUGGCGUUGAGGUCUUGAAGAAAUCAACAGGACGACACACUGAUUGGACCGUUUCAAACUCGAUGAUAAAGAGAGAUUCAGACCGUUUCAGCCACCCUGAACCCAUCAACCCGGAGGAGCUGCACGUGAGGAUGCAAAUGCCUGAAUCACGUGACCCAAGGUCCAGACCGGACUCUCUACGCAGGGUCCAGGCCAGACUCUCGGGUAAGGCUCCAAGUCAGACUCUCUACGCAGGGUACAGGCCGGACUCUCGGAACCCCAGUCAAUCGGAUCCGAUCAUGGCCAAGCAGGUCCUGGACCUGUACAUGCUCUACAAGCUGGUGACGGACAAGGGCGGCCUGGUGGAGGUCAUCAACAAGAAGAUCUGGAGGGAAAUCACCAAAGGCCUCAACCUGCCGACCUCCAUCACUAGCGCGGCGUUCACCCUGCGCACACAGUACAUGAAGUACCUCUACCCGUAUGAGUGUGAGAGGAAAGGUCUCAGCUCUCCAGGUGAACUUCAGGCAGCUAUCGACAGUAACCGCCGUGAGGGUCGUCGUCCGAGCUACAGCAGCAGCCUCUUCAGAUUCUCGCCCUCUCCAAGCACUGCCCCCCACAUCCUCUCACCUCCCAAGAUGCACCUUUCAGCUCUGGGGGCGGGAACCUCAGGGACCCUGAACGGCCUGCAGGCCUCCACAGGACCCUCCGUUAAAAAAGAUGACCUGACCCCUCCCAUGAUGCAGGCGAGGCCCCCCAUGGCGCUGGCCCUGGGUCAGCAGCAGGUCGCGGGUUUGGCCCGAGCCGCCACCCUGGAGCAGCUGAGAGAGAAGCUGGAGACCAGUGGUGGUGGCGGAGGGGAGGGGCCAGAAAGGAAGAUGGCACGCCUGGCCGAGGAGCAGCAGCGUCUGAUGCAGCAGGCGUUCCAGCACAACCUGCUGGCCAUGGCGUCUCAAAUGCCCAUGAACCUGCGCCUGCCUGCUGUCACCACCAGAGAUGAGAAGCAGCAGGACAUGUCUCUGAGCAUCUCCACCAAUGGGAACGCCAGCAUCACCGUCUCUGUGGAGGUCAAUGGAACCAUCUACUCAGGAACUCUGUUUGCUCAGAAGUCUGGAGGGGCCUCGGGGUCUGCUCUGUCUGCUGCUGCUUCAGCACCCCCUGCUGGAACCAGCACAAGCUUUGGCUUCUCUGGGCCCCCGGUCCAGACCCUCAGCCCCACAUCCUCCUCCUCUUCCAAGGGCCAAAGCUACGCUGAGCCGGCCCCGAAGGGCUCGCCUUAGGCUUUAGGCCUCGGGCGCCUCGGGCCGUGCUUCCCACGUGACACGA